GCACUUCCGGGCCCGCGUGCGCCUCUAUGGUAUUGGCAGCCUAGAGGGACCGAUCCGGAACUUCCGGGAAGAUGGCGGCGUGCAGGCCGGAGAAUGCACGUGUUCGCGCGGAGAGGGCCAAGCGGUGACGGGAUGAUGACGGCUUCUUCUUCUCUGGUGAGGGCCUGAGGAUUGGGACUCUUCUCUCACCAUGAGCCUCACCCCAGAGGUCAAGAGUCGUGGGAUGAAGUUUGCUGAGGAGCAACUGCUAAAGCAUGGAUGGACUCAAGGCAAAGGCCUGGGCCGGAAGGAGAAUGGCAUCACCCAGGCCCUCAGGGUGACACUGAAGCAGGACACUCACGGGGUGGGACAUGACCCUGCCAAGGAGUUCACAGACCACUGGUGGAAUGAGCUCUUCAACAAGACUGCGGCCAGCUUGGUUGUGGAAACUGGGCAGGAUGGAGUACGGAUAAAGCAUCUUUCUAAGGAGACCACCCGUCGUCACCAUCCCAAGCCUAACAUGCUGUAUCAGAAGUUUGUGAAGACGGCCACACUGACCUCGGGUGGGGAGAAGCCAGACAAGGACUUGGAGAGCCACAGUGAUGACGACAACCGGGUGCCCAAGCCUCCAAAGAUCCUGACCGAUGAGAUGCUGCUCCAAGCCUGUGAGGGGCGCACAGCACACAAGGCUGCUCGUCUUGGGAUCACGAUGAAGGCUAAGCUUGCUCGGUUGGAGGCCCAGGAGCAGGCCUUCCUGGCUCGUCUCAAAGGCCAGGACACUGGGACCCCUCAACUGCACUCUGAGAGCAAACCCCCUGAAAAAAAGAAAAAGAAAAGGAAGCAGAGAGAGAGCGAGGCUGCAGGAGCCGCCGGGAGUGCAGAAGAGGAGUGUCCGGAAGACGCUGGCCAGGCCAGUGGGAAAAGCAGGAAGAAGAAAAGACAGAAGCCAGAAACAGUGGCAGAGGAGCGGGAGGGAACAGCUGUCGGGAAUGUGGAUGGAGAGUCUGCAGGAACGAGUGGAUCAGGAGUGUGGGAGAGCAGGGAGCAAGCUGAUCAGCCCCGCAGGAAGAGGAAGAAAAGGCGGCACCAUGCAGAGGAGAUGGGGGGCCCAGACGGAGGGGCAGGAGGCCAGGAGGCUGCGGCCAGUGCCGGGACAGAGCAGGUGCAGAGUGGGGCACAUGCUGCGUCAUGCCACAGACGCAAGAGGCGGCGGCAGCCGGAGGAGGGGGACCUGAACACACAGGAAGCAGUGGAGGGGGCUGCUGUAGAGGGUGGGGCUGGGGAAGCAGCAAGUGGAGUGCAUGCUGACAGGAGAAGCAGAAGCAAGAAGAAAAGACCGCGGCCCCAGGAGGAGGAGGAUGUAAGGGAUGAAGGGGAUAAGGAAGGCGGCAGGAUUAGGGAGGCAGAGAGGAGGCAGCGGGAAAGAGCUGGAGUCAGCCCUGACCAGAGAGCAAGAAAGAAGAAACAGAAGAAGAGAGCCUGAAGGUCGGGUCAAGGUGGGGCUCCACGCACCCCUUUUGAGGAGUUGAAGCCUCAGACCUAAGUCGAUGGGUCUCCUGCACCCCCUCAGUGAGGAGCUCCUCCCAAGGAGGAAGCUGACCCCUGAACUCCAGCUGGUCAGAGUUGGGUGUGGAGUGUCCUUGGCAGCUUCUAACCCAGCGACCGAGGGCUCAGGUGCCUGUGGGAGCCAGGCAGCGGCGGGAUGUGGAGUGCUGGGGCUGUGGGAAGGGGUGUGCACAUGCCCUCUGGAGGGACACGCCAGCUGCAGAUGCAGCCUCCCAGCCUGGGAACAUCCUGAAUACAAAUUAGAAUUUUCUUGGAUGCUUCCAAA